AUGGAAAAGCCCGUAAGGAAAAGAGGUAGACCACCGAUCACUAAGGAUUAUGCAAAUCCUUUAGAAAGUCCUAUGGCACAUUCUUCAUUAAGGAUGCAGAGACAAGGUGCUCAAGUUUUCCAAAGGCCAACUAUGAAAGUCGGAUCUGUGACGCCAUCACCAAAAAAUCGCUCAUUUUCAAAUUCUGGUAUUGGUAAUGGUGCUAAUAAUAAUACUAUGGGUAACAAUAGUGGUAGCACCUUAGUAGAGAGCGGAUCUCAACCCGGAUCUUCUACUAAAAAAGCAAGAUAUAGAGGUGUUAUAUUGUCAACACCUACCAAAUGGCCCGCUGGCGGGAAAAAUGAUAAUGGUACUGGUUCAACGGGGACACCAACACCUUCUUCUAGUGAUAGCGUUUUUUGUUCAGCUUCCAAAUUAGCUUUGAAAAGCUCGCCGCCAUUAUCGACUUCGCCUUUGAAGGAUGAAAAUGAUGAAAAUAGUAGUAAUAACAUCAAGAACAAUUUUUCAACUGCAAAAAGGGCUGGUCCCAAUUUUACAAAUUCAUCAUCAUCACAGCAGUUCAAAUUUUCAUUGACAAUUGGUGAAAAUGGUAGAGCUUCAAUUGCAGGUUCAUCAUCACAGGAUUCGACACCUUGUAAAUCUAAUGAUCCUCAACAACUUAAUAGUGAUGGUCAAGAUAAUAGGGAAGAUCUUGGAUUACAGACUUUUGAGAAAAGAAAAGUUUUAACACUUUUAAAGCAAAUGCGUAAUGAUGCCGCACCGCCAUCACCCUCAAAUACUGUCUCAAGAGUUAAGAAACCAAAGCAUAAUCAUAAAAAGCAGAAUUCGUAUGGUGAAACAGAAUUGCCGCCAAUAUUGGAAUCAUGCGCGGGUGUGAAUUCUGGCACUAAUGUAGGUGGUAAAUCUCCAAAGGCUCCACCAGUUUGGACUCAAUCCCCGCAACCACCUUCAACACCAAAGACUUCGUUUUCAAUCAGAACUGGUUUUACUCCAAAUAUUGGUAUCGAUCAAGUUCUUUUGGAUGUAGUUGCAUCUCCCAAGAGUGCGGGUCCUACAGAAAACCCACUAAACUACGGUUAUUUAUCCAAUAUGAUCUCAUUAUCACCAAGAACUAAAUCGCCAGAAUUUCCUCAACAAGAACAAUCUCAGCGACAAUCUCAACAAGAUCACCAAGAAUCUCAACAGCAACAGCAACAGCAACAGCAACAACAACAGCAGCAGCAGCAGCAACAACAAAAGGAUGAAGAACAACAGAAACAAAAACAACAAACUCAACAACAGUUCGUUUUCAAGUUUUCAGGUGCAGAUCCGCUAUUGCUCACGGAUGACGCUGAUGGUAAUUGGUCAGAGAUAAUCUAUAACCAUUUGCAAAAUUCUCCCCGUCCUCAAAUCUGCUUCAAUACACCACCAUCAUGGGUAAACUUUGGCUCACCCAGAGCAGCAGGUUUUACACCACAGGCAAGAAGAGAUUCCACAUCUCAAUCCGCCUUAGAGAAUGAUCCAUCAAAAUCAAUUAAAGGGCUUUCUCAGGUAAAUCGUCGUGAUAGUAUUAUAAAUUUAAGUUCAUCUCCCCCACGUCGGGAGUUGUUCCCAGCCUCGCCUUUAAGGCGCCCGUCUUUACCCUAUAGUACAACUUUAACGCCAAGAAUUACAACAAACACGACAACAGUAGCGGGUAAUCAUAACGAUAAAUUGGUUCCUGAACCAUCAACCCCGAGAGGCCAAGAAGUACAAUUACCGGCAAUGAUCGAAUGUACCCCACUAAUCCAACAGACAAUGAAUGGUUCAUUAACUACUAAAUAUCUCUCCAACGUUUUAUCAAAUACCGCAAAUGGUACAAAUGCCAAUGGUAUUAAUGAUUGCGGUGCAUUCGCCGAGGCUGCUUUGCCAGUUAAAGAUCCAAUAAGACAUUUAUCUUCACCAGGAGGAGAGCAAGAGGACGCUAGAGCUGCCCUAAAGAAACUCAUCGCAGAGCGAUAA